UCACAAUGGUGCCUUGUCUCAUCUCCUAGUCUCGAAAAUAUCGUCACCCGGAGUAAUUCGCUGAUCAGUUUGUGACUCGAGGUCUGUGUUGGUCAUCUGUGGAUCAGUCAGCGGAUGAGGAAUUGGAUGGGGGGUGGUGGCGGAGAAAGUCGUUUCAAACGUGCGGGAUACUAGUAGCGAACUUGUUUCCCUAUAUAUAUAGACUCAGAUGUUUACUGCUCCCUCUGCGAAAUGCAUUUAUCAUCCCGCGAAACGUUCCGAUUGUUCCAGAACAGAAACCAUUUCAUCACCUUAGGGUAUCGGGAAUCACCUCUGGCGAUGUUGAGCUUUUCAAUGGUACGAUAUCACACGGAUUCGACAGGAAUUAAUUAUAUUAGCCACUUGAUACCGCAAGGAUACCGCUAUUCAUUCCCCUUCCUUCCCCAAUGCAUCGACACCUCUCGCUGUACAAAUGGAACCGUACCGAUUCAAGGCACCAAGGUUCAGUCGACUCGACGUCAACAAAUAUACUAUACCGAACUUGAACCGACGAUUGGGUUCAUUGAUAUGAACACCGGCAUCGAAACAUUGCUCUAUUCAGAAUUCACCUCUGUGGCAUUAUCCAAAGUAUCAUCUGGACAGGCUAGACUGUCAUCUUCCGAUUCCAUGCGGGAGAUGCAUGAGGAGCAUGUGGGGAAAGGGUAUUGAACAUCCAUAAUUACCUCGAGCGCCUAAGCAAGGUUUCAUUUGAGAGUUGUCUUUGUCCGUUCCGACGGCGGAAGAGGUGUUUACAUGAUUGCCAUACCGACAAAUUCCCUCACCAUAUCUCAUCGUCCCUGAGCUUUUU